CAUAGCCACUCCAUGGACAAUGCUGCUAAAGACGUAUUUUCUGAACUUGAAGAUGAGACAGAUAUGUCUUAUAAUUCAAGUUGUUCUAGCUACUUGAAAGGAUGCACCCCAGGAACCCUUCAACGAAGUGCUAGUGCUUCUAGAGGAGACGUAUCUCACACAAGGGAAAAUACAGCAAGUACAGGCUCUAAAUCAAGACCAGCUUUGCUCCCUUUUGAUCUUCUUCUGAAAGUUCCUUCACUGGUGUUCAGGUCUCAAACUAGGAAACUAGCGACAUCUUUAGGGACAGGAUGGCCUGCACACAGCUUUCCUCCUGUGGUGCGUCACAGUCUGAAACAUCCUGCUUCUGCAGGCAUUGCAGUAUCACAGAGGAAAGUGCGACAGAUCAGUGAUCCUAUUCAACAAAUUCUAAUCCAGCUGCACAAAAUAAUUUACAUAACACAGCUCCCUCCAGCACUACAUGAUAACCUGAAACGAAGAGUUGUUGAACGGUACAAGAAAUCACUUUUCAGUCUCCAGAGCAACCCUUGUAAUCUGAAAGCAGAGAUGCAAAAGGUCUUACAGGAAUCUCCAGAGCUUAUAGAGAUUUUUACUGAUGACUGCCAUGGACUUAUGCAAUUGUAUGGAAAAUCAUCACUCACAGAUGACAAAACAGGAACUGCUAGCACCUUUGAGUUUGAUAGUGGAAUAACCUAUGGACAACUUCAGAACAUGAUUGAAGAAGUCUUAGAAGACAGUGGAUACUAUAAUUUAACUCUGAACAGAUACUGCACAUUCCCAGUGGGAGUCAAGAACAUUUGAACAAUAAAAUAAUAAUGGCAUCCACCUUCAGAAAGAGCCUUGUGACUGCAUUUCCCCUCCAAAAGAUACAAUUGGUAUACUAAAGCUGCUUAACCUAGAAGAAGAUAAUGUGGACCGAUAGGAAUCCCAUUGAAGAAUCUUCUGAAGACUUGGAUGUGACUGUAUUAACUGGACGAGCUGUGCUUGUUUCAAGAUGCUUUGCUUAAAGAAAUGCUCUAUAAAUCAAAUACUAUAUCUUUUAUAUAAAGACUCUAUAUGCCUCAGUUUCUGUCUGGUAGAACAGUGUAUAUAAAUGCUUUCAACUUUAAAUGUAUGAUACCUGAACAAAUGUAAUGGACAGAGC